GUCAAAGCUGCGGCCAUCAACCCGGUGGACAUUCAACUGUGGGGCAACCCUGUAAUCGGCUGGCUUGCCGGAAACAAAGAGAAGGGCAUAGGAAGAGACUACUCUGGCGAGAUAGUUGCCAUUGGUUCUGACGUGAAAGGGACUGGGAACUGGGACAUUGGAGAUGAAGUUUUCGGACUAUGUAAUCGACCGAUGGCCGAAGGAACAUUCACGCACUACCUCUCUAUAAACCCCGGCACAGAACCCAUAGCAAAGAAACCGACAACCUUGACUCAUCAAGAAGCUGCAGCCAUCCCCCUCGUCCUUCUCACGGCCUUUGCAAUUCUUGACUGGCUGCCCGCGCCAUCCCGCUCCCCGAACCCAGAGCAGCGCCGCGUCAUCGUCUCAGGCGCAAGCGGCGGCGUGGGAAUGUGGUGCGUACAGCUCGCAAAGAAAAUGUAUGGAUGCCAUGUCAUCGGCAUCUGCUCUGGUCGCAACGCGGAUUUUGUGCGAGAACUGGGUGCGGAUGAAGUCAUCGACUAUGGCACCCAAGAUGUACCUCAAUCACUGUUGUCGAAAAGACCGGACGGGAAAAAGUACGAUUUGUACAUUGAUUGCGUGGGUGGGACGGACAUGUUUGCGCAUUGGACGGAGCUGUUGCAUACGUCGGGCGCGUAUAUUACAAUCGUGGGGGAUAAGACAUCGAGGACGGCUAUGGGUGGGCCGUUGACGUACUUCACAUACCCCUCACAGGUGUUGAGACAUGUUCGUGGGUGGCUUUUGGGGCCGCGGUAUGCAAAUGUUAUUCUGUACCAAAAGAGCGAGCUGUUGGAACAGGUGAGACGGCUGGCGGAGGAGGGCGAGGUAAAGGUGGUGGUGCAGGAUGUUGUCAAGGGUAUUUUGGAAGAGGAGAGGCACAAAGAGGCGUGGGAGAGCAUCAAGGCGUAUAUGGAGGGUGGGAGAGUUAGGGGGAAGAUUGUUGUAGAUGUAUGA